UACGGGCGUAAUGCUGAGGAGGUCAGAGUUGCCCUCCUGGCUGCCCACCCAGACCUCACUGUGGUUCUGAACCCCCAGAAGCCUCGGAGUAAAAGUUUUGAAGUGAUGCUGGUUGAAGGAGAGAAAGGUGAGUACGUCUAGGGAUUUACCUGUGUGAAAUGUCUUCUCUACUUCACGCCUUUCUUUUGUCUAAUCCAUUGCUUUCAUCUACUACAGAGGUGUGUCUGUGGUCAGGCAUAAAGAAAGGCCCGCCUCGCAAGCUGAAGUUUCCUGAGCCUAAAGUUGUAGUUUCUGCCUUGGCGAAGGCACUGAAGACUGAA